AGUCCCGGAAGGAGUCGAGCGGGGGCGAAGUGAAGCGCAGAAGAUAAACAGAACGCAGCCCGGACCGAGCCUCCAUGUCUUUCUCUCGCCGCCGCUGUUGGUCAUUUUAUCACUUUUCUGUCUCCAACGUUCGCGUCUUAUUGAAACCAGCGCUAUAUUUUGUCCACCAUUAGAAGACGAACGGGUGAGCGAACAUGAGCGUGGAGGCGUACGGGCCGAGCUCGCAGACUCUGACGUUCCUGGACACCGAGGAGAGCGAGUUGCUCGGCGCUGACACCCAGGGCUCCGAGUACGACUUCACCGACUUCACCCUGCCGAGCCAGACCCAGGGACAGACCCAGAGUCAGCUGGAAAACCAGAUUACUUGUGCUGUUGGAGUCCUUCAAAAUGGCGAUGACCCUGUGGUGAAAGCCAGUCAGUUACUGGCUGAGUUGAACUUCGAGGAAGAUGAGGAGGAUGCCUACUACACCAAGGACCUCCCUGUGCACGCAUGCAGUUACUGUGGGAUUCAUGAUCCAGCCUGCGUUGUCUACUGUAACACAAGCAAGAAGUGGUUUUGCAAUGGUCGGGGAAACACGUCUGGCAGCCACAUCGUGAACCACCUGGUGAGAGCGAAGUCCAAAGAGGUGACACUGCACAAAGACGGCCCUUUGGGGGAAACCGUGCUGGAGUGCUACAACUGUGGCUGCCGCAACGUCUUUCUGCUGGGCUUCAUCCCUGCAAAAGCCGACUCUGUAGUGGUGUUGCUCUGCAGGCAGCCAUGUGCCAGCCAGAGCAGCCUGAAGGACAUCAACUGGGACAGUUCGCAAUGGCAGCCUCUUAUUCAAGACCGCUGCUUCUUGUCCUGGCUGGUCAAAAUUCCCUCAGAGCAGGAGCAACUGAGGGCCCGACAGAUAACAGCCCAGCAGAUCAACAAGUUGGAGGAACUGUGGAAGGAAAAUCCCACAGCAACCCUGGAAGACCUGGAGAAGCCCGGCGUGGACGAGGAGCCCCAGCAUGUUCUGCUGCGCUACGAGGACGCCUACCAGUACCAGAACAUCUUUGGCCCGCUUGUCAAGCUGGAAGCAGACUACGAUAAAAAACUGAAAGAAUCUCAAACUCAAGACAACAUCACUGUCCGAUGGGACCUGGGUCUGAACAAAAAGCGAAUCGCUUACUUCACACUUCCCAAGACGGAUUCAGAUAUGCGGCUGAUGCAAGGGGAUGAAAUCUGUCUGCGCUACAAAGGCGAUCUGGCUCCACCGUGGAAAGGCAUCGGACAUGUCAUCAAAGUACCUGAUAACUACGGUGAUGAGAUUGCUAUUGAGCUCCGGAGCAGUGCCGGCGCUCCAAUCGAGAUUCCGCACAACUUUCAGGUGGAUUUUGUGUGGAAGUCCACUUCCUUUGACAGAAUGCAGAGCGCGCUGAAAACCUUUGCUGUCGACGAGACGUCCGUGUCCGGAUAUAUUUACCACAAACUGCUCGGACAUGAGGUGGAGGAUGUGGUUAUUAAGUGUCAGCUGCCCAAACGCUUCACAGCGCAGGGACUUCCUGACCUCAAUCACUCUCAGGUGUACGCGGUCAAGACGGUUCUGCAGCGUCCACUGAGUCUGAUUCAGGGCCCUCCGGGCACCGGGAAGACCGUGACCUCUGCCACCAUUGUGUAUCACCUAGCACGGCAGGGAAAUGGGCCCGUGCUGGUGUGUGCUCCGAGUAACAUUGCUGUCGAUCAGCUGACUGAAAAGAUCCACCAGACGGGACUGAAAGUGGUGAGGCUGUGUGCCAAAAGCAGAGAGGCCAUCGACUCGCCUGUGUCCUUCCUCGCUCUGCACAACCAGACCCGAAAUAUGGACAGCAUGCCAGAACUUCAGAAGCUCCAGCAGUUGAAGGAUGAAACCGGAGAACUCUCCAGCUCCGAUGAGAAGCGCUACAGGGCGCUGAGACGCAGCGCAGAGAGGGAGCUGCUCAUGAACGCUGAUGUGAUCUGCUGUACGUGCGUCGGCGCAGGCGAUCCUCGCCUGGCCAAAAUGCAGUUCAGAUCCAUCCUGAUCGACGAGAGCACCCAGGCAACUGAGCCAGAAUGUAUGGUGCCUGUUGUGCUUGGGACCAAACAGUUGAUUCUGGUGGGAGACCACUGUCAGCUGGGUCCAGUAGUGAUGUGCAAGAAGGCAGCCAAAGCCGGACUGUCACAGUCUCUGUUCGAACGGCUGGUGGUUUUGGGGAUCCGGCCCAUCCGUCUGCAGGUCCAGUACCGGAUGCACCCCGCGCUGAGCGCCUUCCCCUCCAACAUCUUCUACGAAGGAUCGCUGCAGAAUGGCGUGACUGCAGGCGACCGUGUGAAAAAAGGCUUUGACUUCCAGUGGCCACAGCCCGACAAACCCAUGUUCUUCUAUGUGACUCAAGGCCAGGAGGAAAUAGCCAGCUCUGGAACGUCUUAUCUAAACAGAACUGAGGCUGCAAAUGUGGAGAAAAUAACAACACGAUUGCUGAAGGCGGGAGCCAAACCCGAUCAGAUCGGCAUCAUUACCCCUUAUGAGGGUCAAAGGUCAUAUCUUGUGCAGUACAUGCAGUUCAGUGGCUCUCUUCACACCAAGCUCUAUCAGGAGGUGGAGAUCGCCAGUGUGGACGCCUUCCAGGGCCGCGAGAAAGACUUCAUCAUCUUGUCCUGCGUUCGAGCGAAUGAGCAUCAGGGCAUCGGCUUUCUCAACGACCCGCGCCGUCUCAAUGUUGCCCUGACCAGGGCGAGAUAUGGUGUGAUCAUUGUCGGGAACCCCAAAGCCUUGUCCAAGCAGCCACUGUGGAACCACCUGUUGAACUACUACAAAGAGCAGAAGGUGUUGGUGGAAGGACCUCUGAACAACCUGAGAGAGAGUCUCAUGCAGUUCAGCAAGCCUCGGAAGCUGGUCAACACCAUCAACCCUGGAGGACGAUUCAUGAGCACCGCCAUGUAUGAUGCCAGAGAGGCUCUCAUUCCAGGCUCAGCAUACGAUCGCAGCAGCAACGGGCGCAACAUGUACUUCCAGACUCAUGAUCAGAUCGGUAUGAUCGGGUCCAGCACCAAUCCCCUGACAUCUUUAAACAUUCCAAUUCCCUUUAACCUUGUGAUGCCCCCAAUACCGCCGCCAGCCUACAUGGGGCAGGUGAACGGACCCUCAGGUCGGGGUGGUAUGAAAGGAAAGUCCGGAGGUGGAGGGGCCGGUACCCGAGGAGGCCGACAGCGAAGCCGCGCCAACAUGGGCGGCCACAGCGGAGGCCAAAUGAGUGGCAGCCAGGCCAGCCAGGAUCUGGGCUCCCAACCCUACUCCCAGGGGCCUCUGACUCAGGGCUACAUCAACAUGAGCCAGCCAUCGCAGAUGAGCCAACCGGGCCUCUCCCAGCCAGAGCUCUCUCAGGACAGUUACCUAGGAGAUGAGUUCAAGUCCCAGAUUGACGUGGCUUUGUCCCAAGACUCCACCUACCAGGGGGAGCGGGCUUACCAGCAUGGUGGUGUGACCGGACUGUCCCAGUACUAGUCUGUUGUUGGAAAGGAGCUGAGCCUGUUGAGCUUAGUUCAAUGGUAUUUUAAUCUGGGUAAUAAGUAACAAGAACAAACAUGAGUACCCAUUUUCCACUGCUACAACCGAAGCACCACUGUGUGAAAGAAAUGGAGAGAGAAUGUGAGAAGCCAACCAAUCACACGGGGAGCGAAAACCGGGGAUCGAGCUGGACAGGACAAGGGCCAGGACGCACGCGGAGAGACCAAACGCACUGCUGCCCGAGGAAAAGGCCGCCGCCUUCAGUGCAGCGACGCCGGGAGAGGCAAGACCUGGAACAGGUCAAGAAAGCAGAAACGUCCUGGGCAUCUUCAGGAGAGGAGUUGGAUGCUCCUGAGCCCUCUGAUCUCUGGGCAGUGUGGUUGGAAUCUUGCUCCAAGCUGAGAGGUAGAGAAGAGGAAACUCACAAAAACACUCUCGCGAUGUGUAGAACAUGGUGUCUUCUGUGAGAGCGAGAGAAGUUGCCGAAGAUAAAGGAACACAACUCUGAAGCUGAUUUUGAUGGCAUCUUUUGAAGAACUCAAAGCUUGACGUUCCAAGUAUUUGGUCACAUCUAGGACAAGAGUUUGAUCAUGGCAGCUGCUAAACUCAGACGGGGGCUCGCGCUCAACAAGAUCAAACUAAAGCCCGGAGUGUUCAGAUACACUCUCGGAUCAUUCACUAGUUUGUUCACUUGGUGUGUGGGAGGAAGGUUUUAUUGAGCUUUUUAAUGAAGUAUAAACAGGCUGUCAUUGAGGGGGUUUGCUAAGAUUUAUCAGCUGCAAAUACCUUCGAAAAAUAAUGCAGGGAAUUGACGAAACAGAGGUACUGUAGUUCUUCAAAGUAUUUGAAGAUGGUGGAACUAAUUUCUCUUUAAAGCUCCUAUUUGUAUUAGUAGAAGAUGAAUAUUUUGAAGAAGCAUAAAUGAUACUAUCUUGCUUUUUAUGAAACUCAUAAAGCUACAUGCACAAGGCGGUGGAUUUCAACCCUAUAAUGGAUAGUUAGAGCAGAUUACCACUGCUGGGAUUAUGUACCAUCACGAUUCACAUUCAAAAGAGUGGAACACAGAACAAGUGCUUUUGUUUGAACAAACACUGACCAAUCCCAGAGGUUCUGUGGACUAACACCUUUCAUUUACUCCACUGCACUUUCCUUUUCUCAUUAGUGCAUGUGUGUUCCAGAUAACUGUUUCUUGAAGCUUGUCAGAAAGACACGUACAUUUGUGGCAUUGAUAAUAAUUUGCUCUAUUUGUUUAAAUACAUUAUUUCUGGGAUGCAUUUUAAUUUAACAAGGCAUUGGAACAAAAUGGCGGACUGUAUUCUUUAUAAAUCCGAUGUACAUAGUCCUUUCAUUGUCACUAUGUCUGAAUCAAAAUGUUAACCAGUGAUCUGUGCGGUAUUUACUGAUGUGCAGUGGAUUGUGUUUGCAUGACCUGUUCAGUAUUUGAUUUGUCAAUGUUGUUUACUGCAGUUACUAGAGUUUCCUUCUCAGCUGUGAACUGAUUCUGUUCUCUCCCUCCUUCCUGAUGAUUUAAAAAAAACUAAAACACCUUUGUCCCUGCUGUGAUUCGACUGUACACCUUUUUCCUCAAAGUAAAUUAUUUUAUAAUCCACCUUGUAUUUGUU